AUGGAUGACGAAUAUUUAAGUUUCGAGGAGGAAGAUUAUUGCUACUCUGAAUCCGAUGAUCAUGAUCAGGAGGGUUGCGACGAGGAAGAGUCGGGUUUGCAACACUCUAGAAAACCUACGAGCCAGGUGAUCACGAAGGAAGCACUUAUAGCAGCGCAGAAGGAUGUUUUGGUUAGGGUUAUGGAAUUUUUAUCAGUUAAGGAGAACCAAGCGAGGAUACUUCUUAUUCAUUACCAAUGGAAGGUUGAUAAGUUGUUCUCUGUGUAUGCUGAUCAAGGCAAAGAUUUUUUGUUUACUUGUGCUGGUCUUACAGUUUGUGACCCUUGCGUAGUUAAUUCGAAGAGGAAGAAGAAGGAGAAGACGAGUAAGAAGACGAGUAAGAAGACGAAGAAGGCGAAGAAGACGAGGAAGUGUGAUAUCUGCAUGGAAGAGGUUUCAUCAAAACAUGCCAUGACAAGAAUGGAGUGUGGUCAUAGGUUUUGCAAUGAUUGUUGGAAGGGACACUUUACUGUGAGGAUUAAUGAAGGUGAGAGCAAAAGGAUUAGAUGUAUGGCUCAUAAAUGCAACGUGAUUUGCGACGAGGAUGUUGUUAGGAGACUAGUUAGUCCGGAGUUGGCUGAGAAGUUUGAUCGUUUCCUCAUUGAGUCGUAUGUCGAAGAUAACAAGAUGGUGAAGUGGUGUCCAAGCACACCGCAUUGCGGGAACGCGAUACAAAAAACGGUAGAUGACGACGACGAUGAGGUUGAGUGUUCAUGUGGACAUCAGUUCUGUUUCAGUUGUCUGAGUGAGUCUCACUCUCCUUGCUCUUGUUUGAUGUGGAAGCUAUGGACUAAAAAGUGUGCAGACGAGUCUGAGACUGUUAAUUGGAUAACAGUUAACACUAAGCUGUGUCCCGAAUGUAGCAAACCAGUUGAAAAGAGGGAUGGGUGCAAUCACAUGACUUGUAUUUGCGGGCAGUGUUUUUGCUGGCUGUGUGGUGAAGCUACUGGAAAGACUCAUAGCUAUCGGAGUAUCGCUGGUCAUAGCNCUUCUUAUUCAUUACCAAUGGAAGGUUGA